UCUCUCUACGGAAUCCUUCCCACUGCAGGGAGCUGCUGCUGAGGAGCUGCAUGGUCCAUCUCUGGAUUCUCCAAGCACUGACUCCCAUCCACUCUGACCACAGCCAGGAGCCACAUCCCACUGCCUGCCCCGUGUCCAUCCAUGGAGGUGAGCACUGUAUCCCCACCACCCACAUCAUCCACUGAAGAUAAUUUUUGUGAGGUAGAUGUCACCAAUGUGGCCUUAGAUGGUGUCUUGCUGCUCAUCUGCCUCUGUGGGCUGGCUGGAAAUGGGGCUGUCCUCUGGCUCCAGCACAGGAACUCCAUCACACUCUACAUCUUCGACCUGGCCUUCGCCGACUUCCUCUUCCUCCUCAUCAUGGUCCCCUCCACCCUGCUCUACCUGCUGGAGAACAUGUCCUGUUCCAUCCUCAUGCCCCUGACUUACCUGAGGACAAUUUUCUUGCUUUCUCUGCUCCCCUACAACCUGGGCUUGUAUCUGAUGACAGCAGUCAGCAUCGACAGGUGCAUGUCCAUCCUCUGCCCACUCUGGUACAACAGGCACUGUCCCCAGCAGUGUCUGGAAGUGGUAAAUAUCCUCUUAUGGGCCCUGUCCGUCGGUUUCAUUGUCACAGUUUCUUCUCUUUGCCUCUGCCAGGAGCACAUGCACUGCCAGGUGUCCCUCACCUCCAUGUACACCCUCAACCUCUUCCUCUUUACCCCAGCCAUGCUCAUUUCCAGCACAAUCCUCUUCAUUAAAGUGAAGUGUGGACCCCAGCAGCAGCAACCCAAGAGACUCGACAUUGUUAUCCUCCUCACUGUGCUCUUUGUCCUCCUCUUUGCUCUCCCACUCAGCCUCUGCAAUUUCCUGCAGCAGUUCGGUUACAUCGUUCUGUCCUCCCAGAUGGUUUUGCUACUUAUCUGCAUCCACAGCAGCACAAAACCCUUCAUCUACAUCUUCGUGGGGAGCUGGAGGAGAAACUGCUCCAUGGGGGGUUGCUGGAGACACUGCUCCAUGCUGUCCCUAAGGAAGGCUCUCCACAGGGUGUUUGGGGAGCUGAAACAAAACCCUGCCUGCAGCAAUGAUGCUGCUAUGGACACAGGGGUCUGA